UCCCAGCGGAUGCAGUCUCGGGCUCCCGGCCCUGCAGGCCCUGCUGCUGGUCCACAUCAAACCCUCUGCGCUCAUGGCUUCCCCGAGCAAGGCAGUUAUUGUUCCUGGGAAUGGAGGUGGGGAUGUGGCCACCCACGGCUGGUACGGCUGGGUGAAGAAGGGGCUGGAGCAGAUACCUGGUUUCCAGUGUUUGGCUAAAAACAUGCCUGACCCAAUUACAGCUCGAGAGAGCAUCUGGCUGCCCUUCAUGGAGACGGAGCUACGCUGUGAUGAGAAGACCAUCAUCAUAGGCCACAGUUCUGGGGCCAUUGCAGCCAUGAGGUAUGCAGAAACACACCGAGUAUAUGCUAUUGUGUUAGUGUCUGCAUAUACCUCUGACUUGGGGGAUGAAAACGAGCGUGCCAGUGGAUACUUCAACCGUCCAUGGCAGUGGGAGAAGAUCAAAGCCAACUGCCCUUACAUUGUGCAGUUUGGCUCCACUGAUGAUCCUUUCCUUCCCUGGAAGGAACAACAAGAAGUGGCUGAUAGGUUGGAAGCCAAAUUGUACAGAUUCACUGACCGUGGCCACUUUCAGAAUAUGGAGUUUCAUGAACUGAUUAGCGUGGUAAAGUCUAUGCUGAAAGUACCAGCAUAGGUAGGAUUACUUCUGCUAUUUUACAUUCCAAUGUAGGGGUAGAGCAAUGAUCAGGUUAUUAAUAGAUAAAAAUUAUCUAUUAUGAGAUGAUUAGUAGACACAUAAAACAGAUCAAAGUUCCGGAAAAAUAACCCAGAAGUUCAAUAUUCAAACUAAGUUACAAACUGCGUUUCCAUUUUCCAUUGGAUUUCUAUCUCACAAACUGCCAUGAACUAAAGCAGUAUUUUUCUCAUUUGAUCAGGGACAUAAGGACAGUUUAACCACCUUUAUCUGUCCAAAGUGAGUAAGAUCGAAGUGGAAUCCAGCUUUCCUGAUUCCCAGUUCACAUUAAAAC